UGCAUUUAGAUGUUCGGUCGUGGGGUGUAAAAGUUCUCAUUUGUCAUGUUUCUGUUAGUAAGGCAUCGUUAUUUGCAGUCGUGACGGUCAUCGCUUUAUUGGACAUUUAGUGUGAAACGGGGGCCUGUAUUUCAUAUAAAAUAGUAAUUAGCUUUGAAAGGCCAGUAGGCAAACGUAGUUGUGUAUUGGUGUGUUUUUGGUCCUUAUAAAAAUAAAAAUUAGGCAAUGUCCAAACUGUGGACUUCUCAUUGGGUUCUACUUUGAGCGUGUCUCCUGCCACAUAAGUACUUGGUCAAGUCUAUGGGCAAAAAGUUCAUUUCAGAAAUCGGGAGAAUCAUUCUGCACUCGAGAAGGUAACGACGGUGGAUCUUUGCAGGCCUAGCACGAGGGGGGUUUCUGUGCAGUUUACCGCCAUCACUGUACCCACUUCUCCAUGCCAGCCUAAGGCCCUUCGAGGGGCUGUUCUCUGUGUCGUCGCGAGCUCGCCUUUGUUACCUUUGUGUUCAUUUCCAUCGUGGGCUCUACCCUUUGGCCCUGUGGAGUGACUGUUGCAGAAUCUCGCUCUGAGCCACUCAGUACACAUGCAUGUUGCUUAGAUAUUUGUUAGAGCCUAAAGCUGACAAAGAGAAGGUGGUAACGAAGCUCAAGAAGCUGGAGUCUAGUGUGAGCACUGGCCGCAAAUGGUUCAGACUGGGCAAUGUGGUGCACGCCGUACAGGCCACUCAGCAGAGCAUUCACGCCACGGACCUGGUGCCCCGCCUGUGUCUGACACUCGCCAACCUGAACCGUGUAGUUUACUUCAUCUGCGACACCGUCCUCUGGGUGAGGAGCGUGGGACUUGCCUCUGGCAUCAACAAAGAGAAAUGGCGGGUGUUGGCUGCGCGCCAUUACUACUACUCUCUCCUACUGAGCCUGGCCAGGGAUCUGUAUGAAAUCUCCCUGCAGAUGGAGCAGGUCGCACAGGACAGGGCAAAGAAGGAGACGUCACCAUCCCAGGAUCCUCUGGGGUACAAUGUGGCUGAUGAGGAAACGGAAUGGCUCCAGUCCUUCCUCCUGCUCUUGUUCCGCUCUCUGAGGAAGCACCCUCCCCUGCUGCUGGACACGGUGAAGAACCUCUGUGACAUCCUGAACCCUUUGGACCAGUUGGGGAUCUACAAGUCCAACGCUGGCGUCAUUGGACUCGGGGGUCUUGUGUCCUCUGUGGCCGGCAUCAUCACCGUGGCCUGGCCUCACCUGAAGCUGAAGAUCCACUGAGGCCAUUCCAGGCUGCAGGCUCAGACCCCUUGGUGGAAUGGACAUUUGUGUGGGGCACAGACCAUGUCAGCCUGUGCUUGAAGGCUUGUUCACAAGAGCAUUUAGCCGCCUGGUAUGUGAGCAGAGGCUGGGCCAAGAAUGGAGAGGGGAGAACAUGAAGAUUUGCAUAUGUUUUCUGGAGUGCUGCGGUGACUUCUGAAUUUCUGAGUAUUUUCCCUUCGUCUAGCAUUCAUUGAGCCUCUCAUGCACAUAGUAAGAGCUUAGUGUUUGCUGAAUGAAUAAAAAUGGAAAGAAAACAAAUCUUUAAAAGGCCCAACUAAUAAGUGAACACUAAUAUACAGUAACAUUUGAGCUGCGUGCCUCACUGCUCUUGCACAACCACGGCAGGUCUGAUUCCCAGCCCUCAGCUCAGGGCAGGCCCCUUCCUCCACAGAGGCCCAUGGCAGGAUGGGGCAGCUGGGCCUGUAGCCUGUGAAACUGCUCGCCCUGACAUCACUGCACUCCUGUCCUGUCCUCUGUCUGGAAGUAGAACCAGAAACGCAUCAGGAACCUCCAAG